AGAGCAUCGACAACACCACAUCGACGUACGACAAGCCGCCAUCAUGUCGCUCGUCUCCGGAGAGAAGUCUAACUUCCAAUACAUCAUCCGUUUGUUGAACACGAACGUCGAUGGCAAGCAGAAGGUCAUGUACGCCUUGACCAAGAUCACUGGUGUCGGUCGCCGUUACUCCAACUUGGUCUGCAAGAAGGCCGAUGUCGAUCUCACCAAGCGCGCCGGUGACCUCACCUCCGAAGAGCUUGAGCGCAUCGUCACCAUCAUCCAGAACCCACUCCAGUACAAGAUUCCUUCCUGGUUCCUCAACAGGCAGCGCGAUAUCGUCGAUGGCAAGAACAGCCAGAUCCUCGCCAACGGUGUUGCCUCCAAGCUCCGUGAAGAUCUUGAGCGCCUGAAGAAGAUCCGUGCUCACCGUGGUCUCCGUCACUACUGGGGUCUCCGUGUCCGUGGUCAGCACUCCAAGACCACCGGUCGCCGCGGCCGAACCGUCGGUGUCUCCAAGAAGAAGGGAUAAAUGUUUUCGCUUGCGCUGGGCAGCUGGGGCUGGGACAUGCCUUUACGAAAUGGGUGGUGCACUUACGGUGUUUAUCAAACGGCUUUCAUUGGCUUUCACGUUUACACUUCAUGCGGCAAUGCACGAUAUGGGGUGAAAUGAUGCGCCACGGUUAGGGUUGGCCGAAUACAGCCUGUACCAAAAUCACACAUUCAAAUUUCGACUUGUUCCAA